GCUGCUCGGGGAGGCACUCGGCAGCACUCGGAGCUCUCCACAGACGCACGGGGCGGAGGGCAUCGGACCCGCACCUCUUCCGGAAGGAGCCGAAAGCUCUCCGGAAAGAGCCGAAGCUGCUCGGGAAAGCGUUCAGCAGCAUUCGGGAGCUUUCCGGAGAGACGCGAGGCGGGGCGGAACGAGUCGGACCCGUCCCAUUACCGGAAAGAGCCGAAGCGAUUACGGAAAGAGCUGACGCUGCUCGGGCAAGCGCUCGGAGCUUUCCGAAGAGACCCAAGGCGGGGGGGUGGAGGGAGGGACACGCGUCGGAUCCACCCCCUUUCCGGAAGAACCCGAAGCGUCUCCGGAAAGAGCCGAAAGCUCGCCCGGAAAGAGCCGAAGGCUCUCCUCCGGAAAGAGCCGAAGCGUCGGAGGGAAGACCCCGGAACGAAUCGUUCUUUUUCCGGAAGAACCCGAAGCGCGUUCAGCGCCCGCCCGAGCCCUCUCCGAAAAGCCCCGAAGGGCUCCGAAGCCCCUUUCCCCUCUUCCGGAGAGCCCCGAAGCCCCUUCCGGAGAACCCCGAAGCGCUUCCGGAAGUUGCCGAGCGGCGCCGGCAGUGGCCGAUCCCCUUCCCCUCAUCGCCUCAGGGCCGCCGCCGCCGCCGCUUCCCCCGCUCCGGGUCCCGCUGUCGCCGCCGCCCGCCCCGUCCUCCCCUCCGGGGGGGGGCCCCGCCCGGCUCCCGCCCCCCCCCCGGCCCCGGCCCCGGCCCCGGUUCGGCCCGGCCCGGCAGGAUGAUCAAGCUCUUCUCGCUGAAGCAACAGAAGAAGGAGGAGGAAUCGGCGGGCGGGACCAAGGGCACCAGCAAAAAGGCCUCGGCCGCACAGCUCCGGAUACAGAAAGACAUCAACGAGCUGAACCUGCCCAAGACGUGUGAGAUCGACUUCUCUGACCAGGACGAUCUGCUCCAUUUCCGGCUCCUCAUCUGCCCCGACGAGGGCUUCUACAAGGGAGGCAAGUUCGUCUUCAGCUUUAAGGUUGGCCAGGGCUACCCCCACGACCCCCCCAAGGUCAAGUGUGAGACGAUGGUUUAUCACCCCAACAUCGACCUGGAGGGCAACGUCUGCCUCAACAUCCUCAGAGAGGACUGGAAGCCCGUCCUGACGAUAAACUCCAUCAUCUACGGCCUGCAGUACCUCUUCCUGGAGCCGAACCCCGAGGACCCUCUGAACAAGGAGGCGGCCGAGGUGCUGCAGAGCAACCGGCGGCUCUUCGAGCAGAACGUGCAGCGCUCGCUGCGGGGCGGAUACGUCGGCGCCACCUACUUCGAGCGCUGCCUCAAGUAGCCCCGCCCCCUUCGCCCCAAAC